GCAGGGCCCAAAGAACACACAUUGUGUUCCUGCCCUCUCCCUGGUCCUAGUGGGGAAACUGAGGCUGGGGGGUAACUGUCCUGCUUUUCCCUGCCUGCUGCAGGAAGCACUGGGUUUGGGUUUAAACCACCACCCAUAGGCGCAUUUAGGCCUAGCCUCUGUCAAAAUGUCUCUAUUCCUCAAGCUCUUAUUCAUACUGCAGCAACCCACACUGGGACCCCCUCUUCAGAAAAGUCUUCAAGGGGCUGGGGAUUUAGCUCAGCGGCAUAAGCGCCUGCCUUGCAAGUACGUGGUCUUGAGUUUGAUCCCUGGUACCGGUAAAAAAAAAAAAAAAAAUCAGAAAAGUCUUCAAAAGUAACAGGUACAGUCCCCAUGGAUGGAAAGACCACCCUUCAUCCAGGCUGUGCAGUCUAUUCCUGCCCCAAAUUUUUCUUCCUCCAAGUUCUCCUGAACCUGCAAUUUCCUGCCCGUGAGAAUGCAGCCUGGAGUCUUAGGUCCCAGAUUUCUGCUGUGUCCUCAGUUCCCACAAUGCCCAAUGGUCACUGCAAGAGGGCGCCAAAUCCACCCUGCUGCUGCCCAACCCAGCAGGGGACAUUUGGGCUGGGUAGGUGUGUGGCACCACACCAGGCAGGGGAGGUGUGUAGCUGUCCCCUGGCUGCCGCCUCAGAGUGUAAAGGAAAUUUUAAAACUUAGUCUGCCACUCUGUUCAAGGGCAGGAAAGGCAGGUCGGGCCCAUUUCCAUACUUACAGCAUGGCAAAACUCACGCCUGCAUCAGCUUGUGAGAUAAGCAUGACACCAACAAAGGCCCGGCUCUGUCCUCCAGCCCGAGGUUCCCAGGAGUCAGCUUGGCUCAGUUUGAGUGAUUGAGUCUUCCUGUUCACCCUGGCCCUGACCUUCCUGCGAUAGGAUGGAAACCCCCCAACUCACUUUCCUGAAAUAAAUCUGCCUAUCUACGGAUGACAAGACAAUAUGUAGCUAACUAUAGAAUAUCCUGUUAUUAGCCUUCUUGAAUUUUCUGCUAACCACCUGUAUAAAUGUCUGUUUAACCCCAAGACAGGGCUGGCGAUUUGGAACUGAUUUCCACCAGCCUGCUGGUGACAAUAAUGCUGUUUGCCUUCCAAGUGCCUCCUCUGGAUCUGCUGUGUGUCUUCCAUCUGGCUUCAUCCUAUUUAUUUUUGUUUAGUUUUGUUUUUUUUUUUUUUGAGACAGGGUCUCACCAUGCAAGUUCAGGCUGGCUUUGAGCUCCUUUUGUAGCCCAGGCUGGUUUUAAAGUUGCAGCAAUCCUCCUGCCUCAGCCUCCAGAGUGCUGGGAUGACAGGUGUGGCAGCACGCCUGGCUUCCUCUUCUGAAACAGGGUACUGGUGUGGAGGGCCCUUGCCUGGGGAGCUGCCCACCUGGGGUUUGCAUCCCAUAACCUGGAGCAAGGGAAGUCUAUUUGGAGUGACCAUCUCAUUGAUGGUGGUGUGAUGCCUGUCAUCGGAGGUGAGGCCCGGUGCCAGGAGUAUGAGCAGGGUAAGACCCACCCCUGGACAGGAAGGAGGACCCAUGGCUGGGAAACCGAGUCUGACCAUAAUUAUAACGUCCUGCUUGGAGCCCAACGCCUACCCCACUAGACACCUGUACUGUACCCCACUCCAGGCAGCAACAGGAGAAAACAGAGUGGGGGUCCUCUGUCAUCUAGCACUGGAAGGUUGAGGCAGUAGGGUCAUCAGUUCCAGCCCAGCCCGGACAGCUUAGAGACUUAGAGAUCCUAGGUCAAAAGUUUAAAAAUCACCUAGAAGGCUGAGAAUGCAGCUCUGUGCAAAGGCCCUGGGUUCCACCCCUGCAUCAGAUAGCGUUGCAAAAACGCCAUCCUCUGUGUCCCUGGGGUGCACCCUCUUCAGGACACUCGACCUCAAGCCUCUGUCCUCCGGUGCGGGGGAGUGGGACGGUGCGGGGGAGUGGGACCGGCCCAGUGAUGAGCUCCUGGGGACCUGCAGGUGACAGCACCUCCCCCGCACCGGUUCCAGGCAGGUAAGGAAAUCGGGUCUGGCCAGGGGAUCCGACAGGUCAUUUCUGCCAGGCAACCCCCCCAACCGCCUGAAGCGAGUUUCUGUGCAGGAAGCAAUCCCCACUCAGAUCUCGCUCCUUCUCCCCACUACACCUCCACCCGGCCCAAUUCGAGCCCUGUGAGGUCCCCGGGAGGCCCUGUCGCUAUGCCCCACCCCCACGGUACCGUGCUGGUGAACAGUGAUCUGACAAUGUGACCUGUUCGCCCCCAUCCUUGGAAAGGGGAACUUUCUUUUCUUUUCUUUUUUGUCUUUUUCGUUUUUAUCGGUAUCAGGGAUCGAACUCACGACUGCCUGCUUGCAAGGCAGGCACUUAUGCCGCUGAGCUAAAUCCCCAGCCCAAGAACUUUCUGCAUUCAGCUUUUCUCCUGACAACCUCCUUCUUCCCGGGGCUCAGGCCCCAAACUGUGUCCCACCCCUGGGUGAGAAGACCUCGGGAGGCUGAGGCAGGAGGAUUAUCUCACACUGCCUCAGCCUUGGCACACGGUGAACAGGUGCUCACCUAGUGUGCUGGGUAGGCAGUGGGCUGUCGGAAAGGUAAGGUGACAGGAAAGGGUGGGGCUGGGCUAGGGAGGAGACUAAGCCUUGAGGAUUCAGCAGCCUGGGAAAGAGGGAGGAGAUGGCUCAGAUGGAGUGGGCUCCGUGUAAAGGGCCUGGGGCAGGAAGACUGGGGUGGGAGGGAAGAGAAGGGAAAGAAAGGAAGUCAAGGUGGAUGGGUCCAGCUGCAGAGACAGCGGGGAGGGGGACUGAGAGGGGAUGGAGGGGCAAGGAGCCUGCAGUUGUCCACUGGGUGAUGUGCUCACCCUGGUCGCCAGGCUGACUGUAGAGAGAGUCCUUGGUCCCCGCAGCACCUUCGCAGCCCCACGCUCCAGGUCUCGGCCUCAGUGUCCCCGUGCCCAGGGUGGAGACAGGUUACACAGACCCCCGUGGAUCCCCUUGGGAGCACUGUGCGUCGGUGCUGUGACUGUGUUCCAGGAUUCAGCAGGGCGCAGAGGCCCAGCGGCUCCUGAGUCCGGAGCGCCCCUCCCGCUCAGGGCUAGCGCGGGGCGGAGCGGGCGGCCGGGCCGGCGUGGUGUCGCCGCGCCCCAGGUGCCACUGGUGGCCGCGCAGCGUCGUUGCGCGCAUGGCUGGGCCUGGGCCGGAGCCGGGACGCGCGUGGCGGGCGCUCGCGCUGUGCGGGGCCGCCCUGUUCUUGGCAGCGGCAGCGGCGGGCGGGGCCCUGGUGGCCUGGAACCUGGCGGCCUCAACGGCCCGGCGCCCAAGCUGUCCUGACCCGGAGGCCAACGCCACUUCGCCGACCAGGGACCCGAUACUGGAUCUUGAAGAAUUUCGGCGCCGGCUGGCUGACGCUGCGCAGCGCGAGGAGACUUUGAUGGGGAGGCUGAGGCAGGCAGAGCGCGUCCGAGAGGAGCUGGAGCAGGCGCUGAAGGAUUUCGAGGGGCGCCAGAGCAGGAUGCAGACAGAGAUGAAGGCGCUGGAGACUGAGACGCGCGAGGCCAGAGCACGGGAGACCCGGCUGGGGCUGGAGAACCAGGCGCUGACAGGUGCAUUGGGGGCGGGGCCGGGCCUAGCCGGCGGGAGGGGCCCAGGAUCCCAGACCCGGAACGGGGGACCGCGCACCACCGCCCCUGGAAGUGCGCGCGCGAGACUCCAGCGCCCCCUGAGACUCCAGCGCCCCCUGCCGAGGCGCGAGAUGGUGCAGAGCCGCGCAAACCGCGGAUUAGCUUCGCCUGGGACAGGUGUGCGGGGGAGGGGGGUGCGGGCUCGGGCGCGCGGCUCCCCGCUCCCUGCCCCGCCCGCAGACUCUGCUGCUGCGCCCACCGACCUCACCCCUGCGCCCCCUGCGACUCUGAGCCCCCAACCCCGCUCCUGCGCCAGCAGAGGCUCUUGCGAGCUGGGAGGCGGCGGCUGCGGAGGCCUCGCGGCAGCGGGAGAAAGCACAACAGCAUGCAGGCGCGGCCGAGGCGGAGCGCGAAGCCUGCGGGGCCCGGGAGGCGGUGCUACGGGAGCGCGUCUCCGCCUUGGAGGCCGCGCUAGGCCCCCAGCGCCGAGGACCCCGGCCACGCUCAGGGUCGCGACCCCAGCCGCGGACGCGCGUUCGGCCUGGGCCCUCCGGUGGCUGCCGGCGGCCGCCGCAUCGCGUGCGAGACUGAGUUCCCGGAACGACGCGGAGCCAGCGGGACGACACCCACCAGCGCCCCGAAGGAAAACGGCGCGGGAAGAAGACUGUGCACUUGUCUCCAACACUCGCUCCUGGCCCCCAGACGGGGAAUCUGAGACCCACGGAGUCCGCUGCGAGCUCAGGCCCGCGUGAGGCUGAUCCUACAGAAAGCAAUCAGCGCGAUCAGGACCAAGAAACAAAGGUGCAAAUAAAAGCUGGUGCGGGGGGAGGGGCAGUCAUCGAGGGACUCAGGAGGCCGAGGCGGGAGGGUCGCAUGGUACCAGACCCAACAUGGGCAAAGCAAGGAGUGCCCCCCCCCCGUGCACUUUAACACACAGCCAUGCUGGCCCCGCGCGCUGUCAUGAGACCGCAGGAGAUGGUGCCGGCAAGGCCUCUGGCGAGGGAAUCGGGGCUCAGGGGUUGGGAGACGGCCCCACGGUCCUAUGUGUCUUUUGUUUUUUGUAUCUUUUUUAUACAGCCUGUAUUUUAAAAAAUCAUACACUUG